GUUGAGUUGUAGCUGACUUUUUUGUCACUUUGGGAAAUUUGGUUAAUCAUUGUGACUUUAAGUGAUUAAAAGUCAAUACACUUGAUCCUCAAGAGCCGUAAGGCAUGUGAAUCUGGCCAUUAACCACUUUGGCUACAGAGCAAAUUGUGCCAUUCAUGAAUAGCUAGUGUUUCAGGGUAGGAAACCUGCUUCCUUCCAACCCAUCUUGUAUAUGUUUUUAGCUAAAUACUGCCUAGCAUCAAACAAUACUUCUCAGCAAAUGCAGAGAAGCUAGUCAAAGAUCAACCAGGAAUUCCUGUUGCUGCAGCUAACAGUCAAUCCAGCAAACUCUAGAUUCCGGCUAGGAUUUGGGAUAUAAACACCUUUAUUGACAUUGAUGGCUACUAAAGAGCAGGGGUUCCCGAAGUUUCACCCCUGAAAGGCUGUUUCAAAGGGGCAGUCCUGGUGGAACUAGCCUGAUUGGAAAUUCAGACACAUUUUCUGCAUGUUUUGUAAUACCAUAUGAAUGGCUUUUCUAUUCAAAAGCAUGUACGUAUGUGAGAGAGCCUUCUCUGCAGUCAAUAUAAACCAGUUAAAGCUGACAGAUGAUCAUCCUCAUGCUGAUCAUUCCUUGGAAAUCUCAGAACAGCAGACUCCCUAUGCCUGAAGAAGGGUGAUUGCACCCCAAAGCUUGCAAAGAACUUUUUUCCAACUACUCAGUUGGGCUAGUAAAAGAUAUUAUAUUUACCCAAAGAACCUCACCUGCCUACACCCUCAUUAAGUUUUCCUAUUGCAAUGCCAAUCAUUUAAACCAAGAUUGUAGCAUGUGAUAUUUGAAAAAAAAAAAGUAUAAACCUCACCCUACAAAAAAUGGAUACUGGGCUUUUCUCCUUUUUUUCCAAUGGAAUGCAUUUGUAUAUCAUUUCCAUAGUGCUUUUUAUUUGAUUUAAGUUUUUAGUACCUGGCAGACUUAAAGCUUCAUUUGUUCUCAUGUGACUCUACUAAGUUGUUGAGUGCCCCUUGUGAGGUGCCUGAAUACUUUCAGCUGCCUGCUGUGAGUGAUGUGCAUUGAUACAUCCCAGCAUUUAGCACAGUCAUGUAACAUGUCCCUAAAGGAGACUGUAAUAUUCUUUCAGUACAGUCUUCCUGCACUUUAUUUACAUGUGCCUAUCAGAGAUGUAACUUUCUGCCAUUACAUCAUAAUGCAUGAAGGAUUUAUUACUUCUCAGAUGCAGUCAUCCUCUCCCAAAUCCUACAAUUGUGCUGUGCUCUGCAUUGCCCAAGUACUUUUGGUCCCACAUAAUAAAGUGUUAUAUGCCCUGUAAAAAGGUUCAUUCCCACGCUAGGUUGGCUGGUGAACAGAUGGUUCUCUUCCCUCCCCUCCAGCCAGCUCGCUUUUCUUCACUUCUAUUUUCUUUUGGGUGCACCUCUUCCACGUGGCAACACUUCCUAUACAGCUGUUAUGACGAAUGAGUAGCAGUGAUUGCAUCUCCUGGAGACCCUGCUGUUUCCACCAGGAUGAACAGCAACCACAAGUGCAAGGGUGGCACUGGUGCCAUUCAUCUUUCUAUCGGCAUCCUGGCAUUAGGUAAAAGGGGAGAAGCUGAUCAGGAUGCUGUGUUACUGUGCAGCAGCAGCCCGUUAAGUUAACCAAAAGGAUGCAGUAUCUGUUGCUGAAACCAUGAGACUGCCUGUGCUAAGCUAGUUGCCAUCCUGAAGUUUUGUAUGAUUUCUUUUUUAAAUAAAUCCAGAUUUUAGCCAUUCCGACACUUCCAUUUGAAACUAGCUUCAGGUUUUUGAGUGACCUGCCCUUGGCUCCUAACAGCCCCUAAAAAGCAGGCGCUCGGUGGAGCAGGAAGUAAUUGCCCGAGGCCGUUUUGCAGCUCCGCACUGUUCCCGGGUUGGGUGAAAGAGCACUUUCUGAACGCAGCUUUGGGACCAGAAGGAAACUGGGCAAAGACGCUUCAAAAGCGACUUCUUUCAAGUUUCCAGGGAGGGGCUGCUAAGGGGUGAUUUCCAGUUUGAAGCCAGGAUCCGAGCAGCACCCAGCGCAAGCCGAAUGGCAGAGUCCAGCAGAAACCCUAGUUACCAUCACUCAGAAAACUAAGAUUCCCUUCCCGCAGCAGCAGCAAGGAUUACUAGUAGGAGUGGUAGUAUCAGCGGGAGGGGAGCCAGGAAGUGUUUGGGGGUUAUUUGUUCUUUCAAGAGGGAAGCCAGCACUGCAGCCCCUUCUCCCAGCUCGGUGCCUAGCCGCUUCCCCCGGCUCGUGCGCGCGGGCGCGGGGCGCUGCUGCCACCGGGGCGGGGCAGGGCGGGAGGCGGCUGCUUUGGCGACGCCCCGCAGGACGCGGCUGCGGCUGCACCAAGGACCAGCGCCUCCCCCGCCCCGAGCUGCUCAUCGCCCGGCAGCGACAAUGGGUCAUAGCAACCAGCUUCAACAUUAUAAAAAGAGUACAUUUCCUCCACUUCUGAAUACUUAUCAGGCACUUCCUGGCAGAACUGAGGGUGACGAAAACCAAAAACAAAUGAUGAAAGAUAAAAAAAGGCAGAAGAGUAACAACCAGCCAACACUUCAUGAGGUAGACAAAGAAGAAGUAAUGAAACAGGCCCUUUUGGAACAGCGUCAUCAUGAAACGUACAAGAAUCUCCAGAAGCUGAAAAAUGCCAUGUAUGUGCACCGUAAAGAUUUACUGAAUAAGAAAGUUCAAAAGCAGCGAAUUCAGAUCCAAAUGUCUGAUCUCAGGUUCAAGCAAAUUCUUGAACAUCAAGGAAGAAAAAAGUGUACGCCUCGACAUCAAGUGCCCUGCUGCAGAUUAUCUCAUGAUGCUAAGUACCUUGAGUCUAUUCCGCAGUCCAGUAAUUAUCUGAUUGUAGGAUUGCAGAAUGACCUGAUUAGACAAGGAAUCUUAAAGAACCAGCAAGAUUAUGAAGACUUUUGGACACUGAUCCUAGAAGGCAGUCACAAUACACAGCUUAAAGAGAAACUUCAGGCUGUAAAAUCAAAAAUGAUUGCUCUUAAGUCUUCACCUUCACAUGCUCAUGGGAGAAGCAGUGCAACAGAAUUAACCAAAGCUCUUCUGAACAAAUGCUACGGACAGCUGAAAAAAAACUCAGAAGCUGUACUGGGAUCAGCAUCCCACCAACCUCCAAUUCAUCAUCCAAGCAAACAUAUGAAGCCUCAAGAAGAAACUGAGCAAAUAUUUCCUAAGAUGCUGUUUUCUUGGCUUUCUGAAUUGCAAAAAAAUCCUGAAGAGCAAUCCAGAACUUGGCAGGUGAGCAAAACUUGGAAAAGGAAUAGGAAGCAUUAUGAAGAUGAAAGGCGUCUCAUUUAUUUGCACCAUAUGUAUUAUCUCGCACUUCUUAAUAUGAAAUCAUCCAAAAGGCUGCUGGAGAAAAAUGGCCAGUUUGCAGUGACUGAACAAGAUUAUGAUGUCCGUGAUCUGAUGGAUUAUUUGUUUCCAAAUCAUCAUAAACAACCUGGAACCAGCCCCACUGAAAGAGAGCGAAGAGAAAAUGUACUUCCAGUUUUGAUGAGAAAGAAGCAGCAGGAACAACAUCACAGGGGCCCCUCCAAAAUGAGCAGAGUUUUUAAAGGCUUGAGAAAUGGGUCAGAGCAAAAACAAGAUGAAGAUAGAGGAGACACUGAAGUUUUGAAGGAUCAGAAAUCCAAUGUCCAUGUCCUGCCUGAAAUGAUCCCUGUGCCUCUAACCCUGGAAGAUGUGGUUCUGAAGAAUCGGGUUGUGGAGGCAAAAUCAGCAGUUACUUACUGGAUAAAUUAUGCAGACAAAGAAGCAGCCCUUUCCUAAGCUGGAAAACGACGGAAAAAAUAUAGACAUUCAAAAUAGGAAUAAUCGAGUGCAGUUUUGUAUUUGUAGAUCAAAGAACUACAUAACUUGCAGACUCUGAUAUGUAAAAUAUGAAAUCCAUAUACUGUCACUUCUUACAAUCCUGAUCCUAUUUGAAAUAAAGGGGAAUUUUGCCAUUCAUUUCAAUUAGACCAUUAUUAUGUAAUGUUUAAAAAGAUAUGGUAUAUGUGUCUUAUUUUGUGAAAACCAAUAAUUUACUGUGGUAUUUUGCUAGCUUCUCCCCAGCAAAUUGACUUGUGCUACUGUAGUGAAGACUGUUUGUGAUUAAAUCAGUGAUAAUUUCUCAACUUGAACUCUCACAUGGAGCAGUGACAUCAAAGAAAGGAAAUAAAGAGGGUAAGCGUACUUUAAGUGAUCAAUUACUCGGACGCAAGAUUUCCUUCUGAGAAAGCAGACAAAUUGUCUAUGGCAACCCGUUAGAAAUGUACUCAGCUUCAAAAAUAUACAAGUUCUGUAUGGUCUUAUAGUAAUUUCUCUCUAUAUAAUCCAUAUUUCAAGCCUCUUAGUACACAGCAUAAAUAUGUCUGGCAUUAAAAGUCUAAUUAUUAUUUAAUGUAUGUAACUAGGGGUUUUUGUGUGUGUGGCAUGCUAAGAUAUUGCAUUUUAAGUUCAUGCAGGCUCUCUCAUUUACUGUUGAACAAACAUUUUGCAAACCAACAUUACUGGCUCCAAAGAGGUAGGACAUUGUGCACUGUGUAGGAAGACACAGAACAGAUGGGAGUGGGGAUAAGAUACACUUGUGGAAAUCAAACUGAGAGUGCUUAUGAGAGAAGGUGAGCCAACUUGACAUUAGGAUCUGCCUAUUUUGAAAUAGAACAAUUAGAGUUAGUGGAUCAAAAGUUUCUCUCAAACAUCACUACAUUUACUGAGCACUUGUUUCCCUGCAGAAAAGAAAGAUUACCAGUGUUAACUGUCUUGCUUGUAUCCCUGAUUCUUUAGGAAAUGUAGUAUCAGUGAAGUUUACAGAGGAUCAGAUUUGUUUUUCUCUGCCUUUUAUAGCUAUGGAAUUUUUUUUUAAAGUUCAGUUUUAUGCAUGGAUGAAUACCAAGUAUCCGGUAUUUCUUUGUAUUUAAAUUAUUGAAAGGGUGGAACUGCUGUUGCACAUUGUUUUAUGAACAGUCACCACUGUUAAAAACUAGUUAAGUAAGCAGCCUUACUCUUUAGCUUUCAGUAAUGGCAUCAAAAAUGAAUUUCCCAUGGAUAGACUGCAGCAAACUGAAAAAAUAACGAAAAAUGGCAAUCUAGUAUUCUCCACACCAUGCAAGGAACUAAAUUACAGAUGCCAAUAAGAAAGUACAGCUUAAAUAGCCAGAGUAUAUUUUCAUACAAAAAUGAAUGCUGUUAAACAUUUUUAAAUAAAAAUAUAAGUAUUAGGUCUUAAGACACAAGCACUUAAGAGGUUAGGAAAUGAAGAAUGUAGCAAUAAAACAUUUUUGGAAAUAGCAAA